AUGAAAUUUGCCCCUACCCUCGCCGUCCUCGGCGCUAGCGCGACGACCGUCCUCGCCACGUUCGACACCGACACCGUGACAGUCACCCAGACCGUUGCAACAUGCGGCGGCGAUUGCCUCACCACCUACUACGGCGCCUGCACCAGCAGCUCCUCCUCCCCCAUCUCCAGCAACGGCACUUCUGCGUCCACGAGCUACGCCUCCAGCGCUCUUCCCACCGGUGCCUCCACCUCCUCCGCGUACUGCACCGAGCCGUACGGCUGCGGCGGCGUCAAGCACCCCUCGUCCGCCACCUCCAGCGCCACGACGUACAUUACCAUGCCCGAGGGCACCACGACCACAACCGUGCACACCACGCGCACCGAGACCGUCACGUCGACAAACACCCGCAGCAGCAGCACGUCGUCCAUGUCCGCCAUCACAACCACCACAUGCACGCACCAUGUCCCCAGCGGCCCGUCGUCGCGCUCCGCAAGCUACCCCGUGUCCAACUCGACGUCCACCUACCACCCUUCCGGCUCAGUCACGUCCCGCACCUCGGGCACCGGCUACCCUACCGCCACGUCCGACAGCAGCCAGUCGUCUGCUCUGCCGACCGGUACCUCGAGCUCAGACGACAACGUCUAUCCUCCUCUGCCGACGUACACCACCCCAGCCAACUCUUCCUCCAGCAGCAGCAAAACGAACCCAAGGACCUCCACCAUCAAGACUUCGUACGCCUCGAGCGCCGAUCCUGUAGGCACAAGCACCUCGGCGACCACGUCCACGGUGUCUUCUUCGUCUUCGCCCGCCGCGUCCUCGUCCACGUCCACAGACGGCUAUCCGCAGCCGACGACGCUGAUUACCAGCAGCCGCCAGCCCGUCUCUUCUAUCAGCAACAGCACCAGCAGCGCCUAUCCGUCGCCUAUGCCCCCGACCUACGGCGAUGAACCCCAUUCGUACGAGUAA